GACCUGAAGCUCGCCGACGUCGUGAUUUGACCUCGUUUUUUUCGCCGAGUUCCCAGUUGUCUUGAAAGCACCACAAGAGGCGGAUGUUGAGUAGAUAGAUGAAUGAUAAACAGACGAGCUAACGGUUGCCAUCAUUUGACUUCCCUACAAACUGGCUUGUGAUAUAGCUGUCGUCAUCACCUAAUUCCAAUUGUGUGGAAGAGACAACACAUCAGGCUGUUGGACCUGACAGAAGAGCAGGCUCUGUAGGUGGAAACUCCCCACUGUCAUCAGCAGAGUGGCUGAGUGAGUCCAAGGCCAGUGGUGAGUGGAGCUUCUACCCCAGGCCCCCCCCAUCCAAAGGUCCAGUCAGCAUGUCCAGCGACCCCCCUCCUCCCUACCCCGGAGGUCCCAGCGCCCUUCUUAUCAAGGAGAAGAAUGGACAGCCAGCCAUUCCGGGCUCGGCGGUCCCUGUAUCGACGGGUCCUCCUCAGGGACACCCCCUGCCUCCAGACUAUGGCCCUCCACCCUACGAGGCCACGCUACAGCCAGGCUUUUUGCCGCCACACGUCCCAGGAGAUGGGGCCAUGCCCAUACCACAUGGUGGCUUCUACCCUCCGCCAGGUCACUUUGGCCCGGGACAGUUUGGCCCGGGACAGUUUGGCCCUGGGCCCAUUCAAUUUGGGCCUGUGGCAGGUCAGACGGCUCACACGGUGCUGGUACCCCCUGGGACAGCUACCACAGUGACCGUGCUACAGGGGGAGAUAUUCCAGACAGCACCCGUACAGACUGUGUGUCACCACUGCCAGCAGCCCAUCAUCACGCGCAUCAACCACAGCGUGGGCCUCAUGAACGCUGUCUUCUGCCUCUUCUGCUUCUUUGUUGGGUGUGAUCUGGGCUGCUGCUUGAUUCCCUGUCUGAUCGAUGAUCUCAAGGAUGUGAUACACACCUGCCCCUACUGCAAGGGCUACAUCUACACAUACAAGCGUAUCUGCUAACCACCAACAGACAGACAAGAGUACAGUGGGGCAAAAAAGUAUUUAGUCAGCCACCAAUUGUGCAAGUUCUCCCACUUAAAAAGAUGAGAGGCCUGUAAUUCAUCAAUGGUACACUUCAACUAUGACAGACAAAAUGAGGGAAACA